AUGUUAAACAGAAAUUAUGAAAAAAAAACACGUAUGAUGCCAUAUGUUCGAAAGAUCAAUCUCUCUAAGGAUAAUAAAAGAAAACCUUCAAAACUUUGUCCCGAUUGUAAGGAAACUGACAAUUGUGUCGAAUUAUUUUCUAAUAAAGUCAAUAGAAUCGAAGAAAUCGUUGACAACUUAUAUAAUAAUCUUCAAAAAAAGAAUACUGAAAAUUUCUCAAUAUAUAACGCAAAAUUUACUCUUAAUAAUGUUCCUUGCGAAAUAGAAUACGAUUUGAAAAAUUUCACUUUACAAGAAUUAGAAAAAUUAGACAACUUUACAAUUCAAAAUUUCAUUGAUAACAAAUGUCCAUCUUCUACCACUUUUAAUAAAAAUGGGAAUGAAAAAUCUUUUCUGCCAGGUUUUACUUUAGAAAACUCUACAACUCCAAAUUUAAAAUAUAAAUACCGUCCUUUUACCUCUCCUAAAAAAGACAGUGAUUAG